UGCAGCGGCGCCCAGGUCCCGGUGCUCCUUUGGACGUGGGUCUCUCUCUCUCGCCGUCGCAAGCGCGCCCUCCUCCCCCUCUCCCCGGUCCGGGGCGCCGCCCGCGUGGAUGGGAUGGACGCGGGUCCCUCGGGAGCAGCAGUUGCUGCAGGCACUUACCUGCCACCCCUCCAGCAGGUAUUUCAAGCUCCUCGUCGGCCUGGGAUAGGAACUGUUGGGAAGCCCAUCAAGCUCUUGGCCAAUUACUUUGAGGUGGACAUUCCCAAAAUCGAUGUCUAUCACUAUGAAGUUGACAUCAAGCCGGACAAGUGUCCACGCAGAGUCAACAGGGAGGUUGUGGAAUAUAUGGUACAACACUUCAAACCUCAGAUCUUUGGAGACCGGAAACCGGUGUACGAUGGAAAGAAGAACAUCUACACUGUUACAGCUCUACCUAUUGGAAACGAAAGGGUUGAUUUUGAGGUGACAAUUCCAGGGGAAGGCAAAGACCGAAUAUUUAAGGUCUCCAUUAAAUGGAUGGCCAUUGUGAGUUGGCGGAUGCUCCAUGAAGCUCUAGUGAGCGGGCAAAUCCCUGUUCCUUUGGAAUCUGUCCAGGCCCUUGAUGUCGCCAUGAGACACCUGGCUUCCAUGAGGUACACUCCAGUGGGGCGUUCCUUCUUCUCUCCCCCUGAAGGAUACUAUCACCCUCUGGGAGGAGGUCGGGAGGUCUGGUUUGGCUUCCAUCAGUCUGUCAGACCCGCUAUGUGGAAGAUGAUGCUUAACAUAGAUGUGUCUGCCACGGCGUUCUACAAGGCCCAGCCAGUGAUUGAAUUCAUGUGUGAAGUGUUGGACAUCCGGAACAUCGACGAGCAGCCAAAGCCCCUGACUGACUCUCAGAGGGUUCGGUUCACAAAGGAAAUCAAAGGUUUGAAAGUGGAAGUUACUCACUGUGGACAAAUGAAGAGGAAAUACCGCGUCUGUAAUGUCACUCGGCGUCCAGCUAGUCACCAAACGUUCCCCUUGCAGCUGGAGAGCGGACAAACCGUGGAAUGCACCGUUGCACAAUACUUCAAACAGAAGUACAACCUGCAGCUGAAGUACCCCCACCUGCCCUGUCUUCAAGUCGGCCAAGAGCAAAAACACACCUAUUUGCCUCUGGAGGUGUGUAACAUUGUGGCUGGCCAGCGGUGCAUCAAAAAACUAACGGACAAUCAGACGUCUACCAUGAUCAAAGCUACAGCACGGUCUGCUCCUGACAGGCAAGAAGAAAUUAGCCGCUUGAUGAAAAAUGCCAGUUAUAACCUGGACCCAUACAUACAAGAGUUUGGCAUAAAAGUGAAAGAUGACAUGACUGAAGUGACUGGGAGGGUCUUGCCAGCCCCGAUUUUACAAUAUGGAGGCCGGAACCGCGCCAUCGCCACGCCCAAUCAGGGGGUCUGGGAUAUGCGAGGGAAGCAGUUCUACAAUGGGAUCGAGAUCAAAGUGUGGGCCAUCGCCUGCUUUGCCCCUCAGAAGCAGUGCAGAGAAGAAGUGCUGAAGAACUUUACGGACCAGCUGCGCAAAAUUUCUAAGGAUGCAGGGAUGCCAAUCCAGGGCCAGCCUUGCUUCUGUAAAUAUGCCCAAGGUGCUGACAGUGUGGAGCCCAUGUUCCGACACCUUAAAAACACAUAUUCAGGACUCCAGCUCAUCAUCGUCAUCCUGCCGGGAAAGACCCCAGUGUACGCGGAGGUGAAGCGUGUAGGGGACACUCUUCUGGGCAUGGCCACUCAGUGUGUGCAGGUCAAAAACGUGGUGAAGACUUCCCCCCAGACUCUUUCCAACCUCUGUCUCAAGAUCAAUGUUAAACUUGGGGGAAUUAACAAUAUCUUGGUGCCCCAUCAGCGAUCCGCCGUUUUUCAGCAGCCGGUUAUAUUCCUGGGAGCUGAUGUGACUCAUCCACCAGCUGGUGAUGGAAAGAAGCCCUCCAUAACAGCUGAUGGAACCGUUGGGGCUCAGCCCCUACUCAUGGUGCCCCGACGACCUGGCUAUGGCACCAUGGGAAAACCUAUUAAAUUGCUGGCCAACUGCUUCCAAGUUGAAAUCCCAAAGAUUGAUGUCUACCUCUAUGAGGUGGAUAUUAAGCCAGAUAAGUGUCCUAGGAGAGUGAACAGGGAUCAUAGAGAUGCCUCUGAGAAGCCCAAAACAGAACAUAAGAGAAUAGUCACCUCAAAACCUCAUUUUUCAACAACUGGCUUUGAGAGGCAAAUUGCCACAGUUACUAGCAAUACUAUAUAG